UUUCUUCCCACCACGACGAUAUCCCCUUGCUUGUUGUUGUUUGUUUGGGUGUUGUGCUGCUUUGCUUCUUCUCGUUCCGCCACCAUGCAGAUCACUGGUGGUGUCGCUGCUCUGGCAGCCCUGCUUGUCGUUGGCCUCGCAGCGGGCACGGCGCUGGCCAACCCGUACGCUCGGGCUGCGCCCGGCGAUGAGUCGCCUCUGGACAAAUACGUCAACAAGCCCGAUUCCCACUACACCUGGGCCCAAGUGCCCAACAGCACGUUCCAUGGCCCUGGUUACACUGGCUAUGUCUUGAACAUGACCUCCCAGCAGUGGCUCUCCGAGAAGGAGGUCUCCCAGAGCAUCUGGUGGCAUUACAUUGCCGUUGUUGUCCCCGAUGAGCUCAACUACCACAAGCGCGCCUUCAUGUACAUCACAGGCGGGAGCAACACGGGCAGCGUCCCCGAUGGCGGUGGCGAGGACAUUCUGUUGUGCGCCGCGGUGGCCGUGACCACGGGCUCUGCCUGCUCUGUUCUCUUCCAAGUGCCCAACGAGCCCAUCUACUUCAAGGCCGAGCAGCCGCCCAAGCGCCGCACGGAGGACGCCAUCAUCGCCUACACGUGGAACCACUUCCUCGACCACCCAGACGAGUCCGAGUGGCUGCUGCGCCUGCCCAUGACCAAGGCCGCCGUUCGCUGCAUGGACACCACCACCGCCUUCCUGCAGAAGCUGCGUGGCAUGAACGUCACGGAGUAUGUUGUUGCGGGCGCCUCCAAGCGCGGCUGGACAACGUGGACCACCGCUGCCGUCGACAAGCGCGUGAUUGGCGCCAUCCCUAUUGUCAUGGACAUGCUGAACAUGGUGCCCAACAUCCACCACUUCUGGCAGGCGUACGGCGGGUGGAGCUUUGCCCUCAAGGACUACUACAACAUGAACUUCACGGCGCGCCUGGACGACCCCAACUUCCCCAAGAUGACCGCCAUCAUCGACCCGCUCUCGUAUGCGGAUCGCCUGACCAUGCCCAAGCUGGUGAUCGACUCCACCGGGGACGAGUUCUUCAUGAACGACGACAACUGGUUCUGGUGGGGCAAGCUCAAGGGCGAGACGCACCUGCUCAUGGUGCACAACGCAGAGCACUCGCUGGCCACCAACCUGGUCGAGGUGAUUGAGGGCAUCUCGUCCUUUGCGCACGACGUGCUUGCCGACAAGCCACGCCCCUCCAUGACCUGGACCAUGAGCAACAGCAGCACUGGCGGCAGCAUCAAGCUCACCACGUCCGAGAAGCCGUCACGCGUGACUGUGCGCUGGGCCGACACGCUCAACCACACGCGCCGCGACUGGCGCCUCAUCAUCGGCGGCGAGAACUGCCCGUACAUCAAGGUCUCUGGCGAGUGCAUCCAGCCCGUGCUCUGGCAAAAGGAGGCUGCCACCAAGAUUGAUGACACCCACUAUGAGGUGCACUUUGACAACCCGCCCGCCGGCUGGCGCGCCUUCCUCCUCGACGUCCAGUUUCGGGCGGAGGUUGGCGUUGUGCCGCACGUGUUUACCAGCCAGGUCAACAUCAUCCCCGAUGUGUACCCGUUCCCGCCGUGCCACGGCGAGGGCUGCCGUGGCCAGCUCCUCUAGCGGGCAGCGUGUGCCAAGCGUGCCAGGCGUGCGCGCCUCUCAUCGCAGCGCCUUUGUCUCUUCUGCGUUUCUUUCCACGCUCUUCAUUCGUUCCAUUCCUUGUUUGUUUCUCUCUCCCCCUUCCUGCGAACUCCUUGCUGGUCGUCUCUGUUGUCAUGUCAUGUCACGUCACACAAAACAGCGUCGCCACGCACGCCCUUGUGUCUCUUCCAACCUCAACGUGCUUGCUUGCUUGUGUGUGAGUUGAUCGAUUUGACAUGAGUGAUUGGGCUUGUGGCCCGACAUUGCUGUCACCCCUUUCUUGCUUGUUUUGUUCACCUGUUUGCUUAGGUGCCCACAGUACAACCAACACCUGCCA